ACUGCAGAGAUGAAGUUGCUCCUGGCCCUGGUGGGGCUCCUAGCCACCCUCAUCCUGGCCCGGCUCUCUGAGGGCACCACCCCAGCCUCCCCUAGGGUGGUGGAGACCUCGGUCGUCCAGAGCUGCAUAACAGAGGCCAAGUUGCUAGUGGAUGCCGCCUACAAUCAGACUGAGAGGAGCAUCAAGCAGCGCCUUCACAGUGGCUUGGCCAGCCCCAUGGACCUCCUGUCCUACUUCAAACAACCGGUAGCGUCCACCAGGAGAGUCAUUCAGGCUGCCGAUUAUAUGCAUGUGGCCUUGGGACUGCUGGAAGAGAAGUUACAACUCCAGGGGUCCAGAUCCUUCAAUGUCACUGAUGUGCUAACGAAAUCCCAAAUGAGGCUGCUGUCCCAGGCCAGUGGCUGUGCAGCCCAGGAUGAAGCCGAGAAGUGCAGUGACAAGUACCGCACCAUCACUGGGAGAUGCAACAACAAGAAGAGACCCUGGCUGGGGGCCUCCAACCAGGCCCUGGCGCGCUGGCUGCCAGCCGAGUAUGAGGACAGGCUGUCUCUCCCCUUCGGGUGGACCCCCGGCAAGAGGCGCAACGGCUUCCUCCUCCCCCUUGUCCGAGCCGUCUCCAACCAGAUCGUGCGCUUCCCCAGCAACAGGCUAACCUCCGACCAGGGCCGGUCCCUCAUGUUCAUGCAGUGGGGCCAGUUCAUUGACCACGACUUGGACUUCGUCCCUGAGUCCCCAGCCAGAGUGGCCUUCACUGUGGGCGUCGACUGUGAGAGGACCUGUGCCCAGGUGCCCCCCUGCUUCCCCAUCAAGAUCCCACCCAAUGACCCCCGCAUCAUGAACCAGUGUGACUGCAUCCCCUUCUUCCGUUCGGCACCCUCGUGCCCCCAAAACAAGAACAAAGUCCGCAACCAGAUCAACGCACUCACCUCCUUCGUGGAUGCCAGCAUGGUGUACGGCAGCGAGGUCGCCCUUGCCCUGCGGCUCCGCAACCAGACCAACCAGCUGGGGCUGCUGGCCGUCAACACCCGCUUCCAUGACAACGGCCGGGCACUGCUGCCCUUCAACAAUCUGCACGAAGACCCCUGCCUGCUCACCAACCGCACCGCGAACAUCCCCUGCUUCCUGGCAGGUGACAGCCGGUCAACCGAAACCCCGAAACUGGCAGCCAUGCACACCCUCUUUGUGCGAGAGCACAACCGGCUGGCAACUGAGCUGAGACACCUGAAUCCUCAGUGGACCAGUGACAAGCUGUACCAGGAGGCUCGGAAGAUCGUGGGGGCCAUGGUCCAGAUCAUCACCUACCGGGACUUUCUGCCCUUGGUUCUGGGCAAGGCCAGGGCCAGGAAAACCCUGGGGCCCUACCAGGGGUAUUCUUCCAAUGUAGACCCCCGUGUGGCCAACGUCUUCACCCUGGCCUUCCGCUUCGGCCACACCAUGAUCCAGCCCGUCAUGUUCCGCCUGGACUGCCAGUACCAGGCCUCAGCACCCAACUCGCGGGUCCCACUCAGCUCCGCCUUCUUCGCCAGCUGGCGAAUCGUGCACGAAGGUGGCAUCGACCCCAUCCUCCGAGGCCUCAUGGCCACCCCUGCCAAGCUGAACCGUCAAGAUUCCAUGUUAGUGGAUGAGCUCCGGGAACGGCUGUUUCAGCAAGUGAGAAGGAUCGGGCUGGACCUGGCAGCUCUCAACAUGCAACGCAGCCGGGACCAUGGCCUCCCAGGGUACAAUGCUUGGAGGCGCUUCUGCAGGCUCUCCCAGCCCCGGAAUCUGGCACAGCUUAGCCGGGUUCUGAAAAACCAGGGUUUGGCAAGGAAGUUCCUGAAUCUCUAUGGAACACCUGACAACAUUGACAUCUGGACUGGGGCCAUCGCAGAGCCUCUUUUGCCAGGGGCCCGAGUGGGGCCUCUUCUGGCUUGCCUUUUUGAGAACCAGUUCAGAAGAGCCCGAAAUGGAGACAGGUUCUGGUGGCAGAAACAGGGUGUUUUCACCAAGACACAGCGCAGGGCCCUGAGCCGCAUCUCCUUGUCUCGAAUUGUGUGUGACAACACUGGUAUCACCACCGUUCCGAGGGACAUCUUCAGGGCCAACAUCUACCCCCAGGGCUUUGUGCCCUGCACCUGCAUCCCCAGGCUGAACCUGUCAGCCUGGAGAGGCAGAUGAGGCUUCUGCAGGAGUCCAUCCCAAGCCUCUGACCUUGGAGACCUUGGAGACAAGGAAACCUGGGGAAGACCACAAGGCUACCUCCUCCCC